UACUUCAGUAAGUGGAAACAGGCGAUACAAAUCGGCCGCGAGUGCGCGCCAGGUGCAGAAUUUCACCAUACAUUGAAUCCUGUUUCAUUUUACCUACCCGGUUUGACAGGUGUAAUUUAGGUGCUUAAACUGUAAUUCGAACUUAAACGAUGUUUAAAAAUUGUUAUUAAACCGAGGUGCUCGGAUCCUUUACUUUCUUUUUAUCCUCCCGUUCAAAUUUGGAACACAUCGAUGUAGUGCAAGUUUUUUCUCAAUUUUCCUUAUUAUCAUUUCGACAUCUAUUUCCUGUUCCUUGAUACAUACUUAGAAUCGGACGUAACAGUGCUUGAUAAACCUGUGUCGUCGGAAAGAAACGCACCAGGAUGGAGACGAUGGAGAGGAUGAACGGGAAGGUUCAUCAAACCUCGGAUUCACCAUCUGUGUCAGCCGACAUUCUAAACCCCUUCGUACAUCGCCUUGAACUUGACACAACCUACGACAAGCUCAAGACAGCAUUCUUGACGGUUGCAGUUUUACCCUUUCGACUAGUGGCCAUUACGGCACUCGUCAUAUUGGCCUGGCUUCUCGCUUGCUUGGGACUCCAUGGACUUACCGAGGAUGAUCUCCGUCGAGCACCACUAACCGGAUGGAGGCGAGACCUACGCGUGACGGUAUGCUGGGUGUUGCGGGCGUCGUUCGUCUGUGGAGGGUUUCACCAUCUGAAGGUCAAAGGUCACAGAGCUCCUGCCAAGGACGCACCUGUCCUGGCACUCGCUCCUCACUCAAGCUUCUUCGACGCUCUGACUGUCGUCCAUCUAGGAGGUCCCAGUGUCGUCGCCAAAGCAGAAACUAGCCGCCUUCCAUUUUUCGGAAAGCUCAUCAAUUACACCCAGCCGGUCUACGUCUGGAGAGAAGAUCCAAAUUCACGGCAGAAUACCAUUAAGGAGAUCAUCGAACGCGCGACGUCCAAGGAAGAUUGGCCUCAGGUGAUGAUAUUUCCGGAAGGAACAUGUACAAAUCGAUCUUGCCUCAUCACCUUCAAAUCAGGAGCCUUUUACCCGGGCGUACCGAUUCAACCGGUCUGCAUCCGGUAUCCAAAUAAAUUAGACACUGUUACUUGGACUUGGGAAGGACCUGGAGCAUUGAAACUACUGUGGCUGACACUAACGCAACUAAACAGUAGCUGUGAAAUCGAAUUUCUUCCAGUUUACAAGCCAAGUGAAGCUGAGAAAUCUGAUCCAAAGCUAUACGCGAACAACGUCAGACGUCUAAUGGCCAGGGCGUUACAAAUCCCAGUUUCAGACUACACAUACGACGAUUGUCGAAUUAUCAGUAAGGCGCAUCAAUUAAACUUAAAACACGUGUCCACCAUUAUCGAGGCACACAAGCUUCGUUAUAAACUUGGAUUAUUGCAAGGAAAUAUAGAAGAGACGUUGGUUAAAAGUAAAACUGAACGCCUGGACGAGAUCGUCGAUCUUUACAAAUUUGCCAAGAUCCUAAGAGUGGAUGAGAAAGACCCGGCGACUCGACAACUGUUUCACAUACACGAUUGGGAUCACUGCGACAAGAUCAACCUAGAGGAAUACGUGUUCACAGUUUUAGUUAUAGCGAAGGCGGAUACUAUUGAGGAAAUGAUAAAACUAGCUUUCGAAAUUUGUAACCCAAGUGAGACCCCUUCCGUUGACGCUAAUACGUUAAGAAGAAUUCUGAGCCUCUGUUUGCACCUAUCGCCCGAAGAGUCUGAUAAAAUAUUCCGAGAUGCUCUGACGAUAGAUAGAACGAGAGUGAAGUUGGAGGAUCUAAUUGAACUGCUGAGUAAGAAAACUGAGUUCAUGCAUCUGUUCGCCACGCAUUCGGAAGAGAAGCAGAAAAAGGUCAUUUGAGAAUGCCUUACUUUGACUUUGCAAAGUCGUAAUAACCAGCCAGCUGAAUCUGAACUCACUCAACCUCGUUUCGUUUAGAUUGAUCGAACGCCUACGUGGUAGUACAGUACAUUUGAAUUUUUACUUUAUCGUAGUCUUGCAAUGUGUAUCAAUAAUCUGAUAAGGCAGGAGGGAUUCUGAAUUUGAAAGGACUCCAGAUAAACGUUCUUAUGCCAGACGUCAAUACGUUUAUUAAUGACGAUGAAAAUAGUUGGUUAUAUGUAUAUACAUACAAUAACACAUAUGAAUCAAAGAACGAAGCACUGGCCUAUAAUCAUCAUUUCACUUCAUGUUGUUUUGUCGUAUUUAUUUCCUACGACUGUAAAUAGCGUGGAAAUUGUAGAAAUGGUCAAUAAUUAAAAUUUCAUUUAUACUUUUUUUUCUUGUCCUUUCAAAUUACAGGUUCUAAUUAUUUUUUUUUUCGAGUUCCGUUAAUUUCCUUUAUUACAUGAUUAGGAUAAAUAUAACUUUCAUCUGAAUCAAUUGCACUUUGUAAAAAACAUUGUUCACCCAAAUGAUAGAAACUUAUUUAUCGAUAACUAUAUUAUCUUCUAGGCAUUGCAGUAUUAACACGUAGAAAUAUUUGAUAAAAAUUUGAAUAUGAACAACAGAAGCAAUCGCUGAUUAGCAGUGUCUGAUUGCAUUUGCAUAGCAGAAGUAACCUUUAAACAAUACUUGUUAAUACUUAUAUUUAUUUAGAUGUAUAUCCAUUUCGACGUAAAUUUAAGCACUAGACUAUACUAAAUUAUGAAAAUACCGGGCGAUGCCACAAGUGAGCUUCGUAAUAUUGGAUUGUUUAUACAUAUUCAAGUCUGUGGAGAUAUAUUUUAUUUAGUUUUGAUUCGAUUUCUCUAGUUUCGUUUCGUCUUCGCGCCCAUAAUCGUAUUAGUCAUGUAUAUAUUAUGUAAUUCUAAGAUUCUCUAAUACUACAUCAUCACGUACGAUUAGUCACGUAGAUAAAAAGAAAAUGAUUCUAAUUUUUUUAAAUUUAAUGAAUAUGUAAAAAUAAUAUCAAAUACAAUACUUUCAUAUUUUCAUAGCCAGAAAUCCAUGUGCAAACACUGAUAUUUUCGUAAUGAUGUUAAUAAUAUUGAUAAUGAAGUAACAAUAAUAAUAUAAGCAUAAUGUUGGUUAUUUAUUGUAGUUUUCGAAACAAUAUAUCUUGCUAAUAAAAUUUACAUUAUAAAUUGGA